CAAUGUUGACGCACUGACGUAGGGGCUGGGUUUUGAGGCGGGGUUGGAGUAAGGGGGGGAGGUAAACAAGAUGGCGGCAGCCAAACAGCAGCUGCAAUAGCAAACCUUUAGCUAACAUUCUUACCGACACAGAGCAGGGAAACGAGGGAAGCAACACAGAUAUUCAUAAGCAAGACAGAUAUAUUGAUGCUGACGAAGGACUCAAGGGAAUGUAUGAACUUUGGUUUUCUGUCUGACCUGAAGAAUGGACACGAUAAGUUUCCCUUUUUAAUGAUUUCUUUGUUAAGCAAUACCAAAGAAGAGUUUCUGUUUCUGAUGCCACGAAAGCCAAAUUUAGCUUCUGCAGAGAGGUCCCCAUAGAAUCAGGUCAGCAAUGAUAGGCUAUACAAGUAAGGUGAAGUCCUGAUACACAGAAAACACAACUAAAAUAUUCUGACAUAGUUAGUAUUUUAACCAAAAAAAUUAAAUUGGAAUUAAUUUCAAUUUUAUAGUUUUCAAAAAUAGUAGCAAUGGGACUAAUAGAAUGUAGGCUUAAACUGAGCAUUGUAUUACAAUCCAACUGAACUGUUCCAUUCACUUUUAAGAGACUUUCCAAGGAUUGCAUUCUACAUUGCACCCCCCUCCCCCCCUUCCACCACAAACCAAACUCAAAGGUUCGAGCCACAUCGUCAGACUUUUCAGAACACUAAAGAAUAGUAUUCUAAUCCCUUUUUUAAAAUUUAUUCCCGCAUCCCGCCUGCCCCCCCCCCCCCCCCCUUUAGCGAAAUCAAGUGCCCACCAAUCACGGACCUAAAAAGAAUCCUUCAUUCGUCUGCAUCUAUGAUUUCUCAGUCAGCAGACACCUCUUUUAGAUGCGCUUAGAUACUUUUCGCCAUUCCAGCUUGGACGCGAACAUCAAACACAGACGACAUUGGAAUUAUACUGUAGGAUCCUAGCGGGGCGAAAAUGAGCGUGGGCGAACUCCAGCAUUUGGACUACCUGGCGGAGAACGAACUCAUAGGCAUGGACACCUUCAUCCACCGCAUCGACUCCACCGAGGUCAUUUACCAGCCGCGCCGCAAGAGGGCCAAGCUCAUCGGCAAGUACCUGAUGGGGGACCUCCUGGGCGAGGGCUCCUACGGCAAGGUGAAGGAGAUGCUGGACUCCGAGACCCUCUGCCGGAGGGCGGUCAAGAUCCUCAAAAAGAAGAAGCUGAGGAGGAUCCCGAACGGAGAGGCCAACGUCAAAAAGGAAAUCCAGCUUCUACGAAGACUGCGACACAAAAAUGUGAUCCAGCUGGUGGACGUGUUGUACAACGAAGAAAAGCAAAAAAUGUAUAUGGUGAUGGAGUACUGCGUGUGCGGCAUGCAGGAGAUGCUGGACAGCGUCCCGGAGAAGAGGUUUCCCAUGUUUCAAGCCCAUGGGUACUUCUGCCAGCUCUUGGAUGGCUUAGAAUAUUUGCACAGCCAAGGAAUAGUGCACAAAGACAUUAAACCAGGGAAUCUGCUGCUGACCACGGACGGUGCGCUGAAAAUCUCAGAUUUGGGUGUAGCAGAGGCGCUGCACCCCUUCGCCGAGGACGACACGUGCAGGACGAGCCAGGGCUCCCCGGCGUUCCAGCCCCCCGAGAUCGCCAACGGGCUGGACACGUUUUCGGGGUUCAAAGUGGACAUCUGGUCCGCGGGCGUCACACUAUACAACAUCACUACGAGCCUGUAUCCGUUCGAGGGGGACAACAUCUAUAAGCUGUUUGAGAACAUCGGCAAGGGGGACUACAGCGUUCCGGAAGACUGCGGCCCCCUCCUGACAGACCUGCUGAGAGGAAUGCUUGAAUAUGACCCAGCGAAGCGGUUCUCAAUACAACACAUAAGGCAGCACAAUUGGGUGCGUAAGAAACACCCCCCCUCCGAGCCCCCCGUCCCCAUCCCGCCCAGCCCCGACACCAGAGACCAGUGGCGCAGCAUGACGGUGAUGCCGUACCUGGAGGACCUGCACGGCUACAACGAGGAGGACGACGACGAGCUCUUCGACGGCGAGGAUGACAUCAUCUACACUCAGGACUUCACAGUGCCAGGGCAGGUCCCGGAGGAGGAGGCGGAGCAGAACGGGCAGAGCCAGAGCCAGGGCCAGGGCCGGGGCGCGCCCAAGCCCGUGUGCGUCAACGGCACGGAGGCGGGCCUGCUGCAGUCCAAGGCGGAGCGCCGGUCCAGCUCCUCCUCCAACCCCUCCCGGAAGGGCGUGUCCACCACCAGCAAGAUCCGCAAACUCUCCACCUGCAAGCAGCAGUGACCCCGCCCCCCCCUCCCCCCACCGCUCCCCACGGUCCCGAGCCCAGCUGACACACUGUACCGGUGGUUCCCCUUCUUUUCUUUCAGUUUUUUUUUUUUGAUAUCCCGAGAGGACAGAGAUUUUCUUUUCUUUAAUUCCUUAAUUUAAUGGACUCAUUAUUGAAAAAUGAUGCAAUACCAGGAAGUGCACUACAGAGUGGAUGUUUCUUUUAUCUUUACCCUUUUGUUUUUGUUGAAAGACGACGUGAGGGAAAGGAGGAGGAGGAAGAGGAGGCUGUCACCUGCUCAGUCUUUUCUCCCCGUUGCCCGGGACUCUUAACAUAUGGACGCGAGACCCUUCUGUUUUGGGGGUUUUUUUUUUGGAGACCUUUUUAUUUUUCCAGUUACUUGUUGCAGUAAAGAGAAAAAAAAAAAAACAAAAACCCAAAAAAAUGGAAGAAAAAAAACCACGCACAGACACAUUGCGAUGUGUUAAAAGAAUGACAUUGCUAAUGGUAAUUACAAUAUUGAUAAUGAGGCGGUUAAUGAUAAUUAUUAUAUGACACCCAAAUUAAAACUGCAUGCUGUACGGGCUGGGCGAAAGGGAAUUUUAGCGUGGGGGGUUACCAGUGGGACCCUCUCCAUCUCGGGAUGUUUUGGGUUUGGUUUGUUUUCCGUUUUUAUGGUUUUUAUGUAUGGGCUUUUUGUUUUAUUGUUUCAUUUUUUCCAUUGAAUAUUUUUUAAAUUAUUAUUUAUAUAAAACACAUCCCAACCAGACUCGAUUUGGUUGUCUUUUGUGAUUUUUCUUUUUUCUUUUUUUUUUUUUUGGUAUUUUGUUGGAAAUGCUUUAUUUACAUGCAGUCCUGUCUUUCUGCAAAGUAUAGUUUAUUUUGGAAUAGUAAAAAAAAAACGUUUAUAAAGGGUAAAAACAUACCAUGAUGUGGAAAAUCUGUUCGGUUAGCAUAUUAGUUUUUUUUUUGGUUUGUUUUUUUUUUUUUUUUGCACGAUUUACCAAACUGAAUUUCAAGUUGUGUUGCUGUUGAAAGAAUUGUGUCAUAACUAAAAGACUAUAUCCCUCUUA